CCCCCUCCAAACACUCUACCCGUCUCCCGCCCACCCCUCCACCCCACUCCCGUCGUUGGGGUAGUCUCGUGCGCGAGAAUUAUGGAUCCAAGCUUGCUAAGAGAACGAGAACUUUUCAAAAAGCGAGCACUCUGUACUCCAGCUGUAGAAAAACGCCCAGCACCCUCUUCUGAUUCCUCAUCUUCUAAGAAGAAGAAGACAAAGGUAGAGCAGGGUGGAUCAUCAAGCUCAAAACAGAAUGCAGAUCACAGCAAUGGAUCUUUUAACUUGAAAGCCCUUUCUGGUGGAUCUGGCUACAAGUUUGGAGUCCUUGCAAAAAUAGUGAAUUAUAUGAAGACACGGCACCAGCGUGGUGAUACACACCCAUUAACUCUGGAAGAAAUAUUGGAUGAAACACAGCACCUAGAUAUUGGACUGAAGCAGAAACAAUGGUUAAUGAGUGAGGCCCUUGUCAACAAUCCCAAAAUAGAUGUUAUAGAUGGAAAAUACGCUUUCAAGCCUAAGUACAAUUUGAAAGAUAAAAAGGCCCUGCUUCGACUCUUAGAUAAACAUGAUCAGCGAGGGCUAGGAGGAAUACUUCUAGAAGAUAUUGAAGAAGGACUGCCUAAUGCACAGAAAGCCAUAAAGGCUUUAGGGGACCAGAUCAUCUUUGUUACACGUCCUGAUAAGAAGAAAAUUCUUUUCUACAAUGAUAAGAGCUGUCAGUUUACAGUGGAUGAAGAAUUUCAGAAACUGUGGAGGAGUGUUCCUGUGGAUUCCAUGGAUGAAGAGAAGAUAGAAGAGUAUCUGAAACGCCAGGGGAUUUCUUCCAUGCAGGAGGCUGGACCAAAGAAAAUAGCUCCAAUUCAAAGGAGAAAGAAACCUGCUUCUCAGAAGAAACGGAGGUUCAAGACUCACAAUGACCAUUUGGCUGGAGUUUUGAAGGAUUACUCUGAUGUGGUUCCGGGCAAGUAGAGGACCUUCUGGAAGGAACUGUUGUGAGCUUUGAUGCAGAUGCUCAGUAGCUCUGAGGGAGGAGUGUCCUGUGUAUAAUGUUAAGUGGUUCUACCCCCUCCCAGUCCUGCAGCAGCCGAGAAGAAUCAGCUCUUGAGAUAAAGGAUGAACUGUUCAUCUAUAUUUAUCUUAUUGGCUAGUAUGAACUUGGGUCAGAGCUGUUCACUGUCAGUAGACCUCUGGUAUUGGAGUUAAAUAUAUUCAGCAUGUAAUGCCAAGGUUCGUAUUCACCAUUUAAGUCUUCUUUGAAUAAUUUUUGGGGAGUUCUGUGGGUAUUUUCUUUAAUUCAUUGGGGUUGACUUAGAGAUAAAAUGGAGUGUUUGUUUUAUCUCUCAAGGAUACAUGUUUAUAAUAAAAUACUAGAAAGACAAGGCA